AUGGAGGUGGAGUGGGCUGCGCGCAUUUUAUCGCAGCUUCUUAUUAAGGAGAAGUGUCUGAAGGAGAAGUACGUUUUCAAUUUGCUAAAAAAAUUUGGAGACGUGAACCAUAUCAUUCAGCACGCGAACGAGAAGCUGGAGUCGCUCGGGUUUAUCAUUAAUAACGAACUGAUAAAUGGAGAGGAGUACUUCAUAAUCGGAUGCGAGAAGCUAACCAUUCCUAGCAAGAGCGGCCAAACGGAUAUAUCCCCCGAGUCCGGUGCUCUUAACAUAAAAGAUGAUUAUCUGUUCAAUUCUGUAUUUAAGACCAACGAAAUAAGUUUGUAUUACUUAAUAAUUGAUUACAUAAUUAGUAAUAAUCGGUACCUAAGUGUGAACGUGGGGGACGUGACUUAUGAGUCGUUGUGCGUUGAGUUAAACAUAAAAAAUUCUAACAUGCAGAAGUGUAUACUUAACAAAUUGCUGACUCACAACUGGCUACGAAAGGAACAAGGAGAAUUAGCACUGGGGCUCCGUUUUUUUACGGACCUGAUAAAGUACUUCCCUCUUACAAAUUUGGACAAGUGCUCACUCUGCAAUAACGCAGUGAUUGUGGAGAGCAGGCAAUGCACCAACUGUUUAUCCUUUUAUCACAUCCACUGCUUCAAGGCCCUUGCGAACAAGCUAGCUCUUUGUUUCAUUUGCAAAAAUUCCCUUUAA